UCUUCCAACGAUGUCAAAACAAGCGCAAGCUUAAACGUCCAACACACCCAACAAGGCCACAAGAGAUCUAUGUCACAACACAAUGCAGCAAUUUCACUGCACGGACAAGAUGGCAUCUUUUCAGUUUCAUGCUUGUUCGUCUUGAUCUUUGCCGCCAUCCUUGGACUUCAAUUGACCAGGCGUUAUCAUUAAUUAUUAUGAUAGAUUCCCUUUCAUUUGUAACAUUUCUACCUCAAUUCCUCUUCUUAUUCUCAGAGAUUCCUUCAUUUGUAACAUUUCUACCUCCAUUACUUUUCUUAUUCACAGAGAUUCCUUCAUAUGUAUCAUUUUCUCCAUUUCAUUAUUCUCUUCUUUGAUUCAAUAUUUGCGUAUCUGGUGCACGCCAAGCAUGACUUAAGCCGCCGCCAGUACUGCCACAAUUCUUCAAAGAAUCAC